CGCGAAGGUGCUGCUCCGGCGCCCUCCCGCGGGUCCCCAGAUUCGAUCUUUCUGGCUUUCCCGCUUUCUCCUUCCUUUGCAGCUCAGCAUGCAGAAGAAAGACGCCGCCGGCCCGGGUUUCCUGCCUGGCUUCCCGCAUUUCGCCACGCGGGCCAUCCACGCGGGCCAGGACCCCGAGCAGUGGCACUCCCGGGCCGUGGUGCCGCUCAUCUCGCUCUCCACCACGUUCAAGCAGGGCGCGCCCGGCCAGCACUCGGGUUUUGUAUACAGCCGCUCUGGAAAUCCCACUAGAAGCUGCUUGGAAAAAGCAGUGGCAGCGCUGGAUGAGGCCAAGUACAGUUUGGCCUUUGCUUCGGGUUUGGCAGCCACUGUGACCGUCACUCACCUUUUAAAAGCAGGGGACGAGGUGAUCUGCAUGGACGACGUGUACGCAGGUGUAAACCGGUACUUCAGGCGGGUGGCAGUUGAAUUUGGAUUAAAGAUUUCUUACGUCGACUGCUCCAAAACCAAAUUGCUAGAGGAAGCAAUUACACCGCGAACCAAACUCGUCUGGCUGGAAACCCCCACCAACCCCACCUUGAAGCUGGUCGACAUCGCAGCCUGUGCGAAGAUCGUCCGCUCACAUGGAGACAUCUUGCUGGUCGUGGAUAACACCUUCAUGUCGGCCUACUUCCAGCGGCCUCUGGCUCUGGGAGCUGAUAUCUGCAUGUGUUCUGCCACGAAGUACAUGAACGGGCACAGUGAUGUGCUGAUGGGCUUAGUGUCCGUGAAUUCUGAAGACCUCAAUGACAGACUUCGUUUCCUGCAAAAUACUCUGGGAACGGUGCCCUCCCCUCUCGACUGUUACCUGUGCCUUCGAGGCCUCAAGACCCUGCAAAUCCGCAUGGAGAAGCAUUUCCAAAACGGAAUGGCCGUGGCCCGCUUCCUGGAAUCCAACCCCCGGGUAGAAAAGGUUCUUUAUCCUGGGCUGCCCUCCCACCCACAACAUGAGCUGGCCAAACGGCAGUGCACGGGCUGCCCAGGGAUGGUCACCUUCUACAUCAAGGGCUCCCUUCAGCAUGCCGAGACCUUCCUGCAGCACCUGAAGUUAUUUACUCUGGCCGAGAGUUUGGGAGGAUAUGAAAGUCUUGCUGAACUUCCGGCGAUCAUGACCCACUCAUCGGUGCCUAGGAAUGACAGAGAAACGCUUGGAAUCAGUGACACGCUCAUCCGGCUCUCUGUGGGCUUGGAGGAUGAAAGUGACCUUCUGGAAGAUCUAGAUCAAGCUUUGAAGGCAGCACACCCCGAGAAUGGAAGCCCCAAGUAGGACUCCAGAGCUGCUGUCAGAAGCUGCUUCCUGAGGAGAUCAGAUCUUUGUAAUCAGAAGGAGCCUGAGUGAGGCUUUGCGGAAUUUUCAAGAGGAAAUUUAAGGGACCUCAUUACCUUUUGUAGCUGUAACCUUGUAGGGAUGUUUCCUGUUAAAAUGGUUUCCUGUAUAUUCUGGGAGGUCAGUUCUGCUAAUAUUUCUUUGUUAAUUUUGCUAUAUAGUGCUCGCUUUGGCAGCACAUAUACUAAACAAAUUUUGCUAUAUAGUUGUUUCUGGAGGAGGUGAGAUUUGUGCCGCUUUGGGGGGAUUAGGUUCUUUUUUUUCAUAGUCUAAGACUUACUUCGAUCAUGCUUACAAUGUAAUGGUGAUUCAGUUUUGAUGCUUUGUAAAGAAGUCAAAUUCUUAAAUGAUAUUUCUUAAAUCAGGUCUGAUUUUUGCACAUUGUUGAACAGAGUAUUGAAAGCAGUGAUUUACAUUUGAUUACCGUGUAUCAAAAAUCAAAUACUUGAAAAGUCUAUUGUGAAUUUCUGAUUUAAAGUUACUACCUAUUAUUUUUCAAAAAAUAAAUGUAAUUAUCAAAUUUAUCAUAAUAUUCCUAUA